CAACAACAACAGUAACAGCAAUAGCAACAACAUCGAAGUGCGUGUUCCUCUGUGUGUGUGUGCGUGUGAGAUUGGAAGACAAUGGCUGCAGCUGCGGAUCUGGUUGUUCCUACCCUUGCCAUUCGCUCCAGCGUGGGCGUGGAAUUGUGGUCUUCAGCGGGCUCGAAGCAGCCCUACGAGCACAAGCCCCAUCUGCCCCGCGAGGAGACGAAGAGCUCUCGCUCGAUCUGCUUCAGCUCUGACGGCCGGUACUUCGCCUAUUCCAACGGCCAGGAGGUCAAAGUACUCCAAGCUAGCCAAGAUAGCUCUGCCAGCUGGCCGGUUAAAUGCAUUUUGCCUAGGCCUAAGGCCUUCUACCUUCAAUUCUCGCCACGUGGCAGCUAUUUGUGCACCUGGGAGCUCUAUGCCAUCACCAAGGACCGGCCGGAGGGAUCGCCCAACCUGCUCGUCUACGAGGUGGCCACCGGCGCCGAGGUGUUCGCCAUCGUCCAGAAGAACCAGACAGACUGGCAGCCCUCCUGGUCGGCGGACGAGUCUAUCUUUGCCCUGGUCGUCGGUGGCGAGGCGCUCUUCUAUGACCUCGGUGAGGGAGCAGACAAGGGAUUUGCCUCUACGUCGCGUAAGAUCGGAGGUAGCCGCGGCGGAAUGCUAUCGCUGGGACCCGGGAACUGUCCCCCGUUCCUGGCCUUCUAUACGCCGGGCGCUAAAGGCGCUCCAUCCAUGUGCAAGCUUUAUAAGUACCCUGCACUGGGCCAGAACCAGACCGUAGCUUGCAAGAGUUUCUUCCAGGCGGACCGAGUCGAGAUGCUGUGGAACAAGCGGGGCAGUGGUCUGCUGCUCCUGACCAGCACAGAAGUGGAUAAGAGCGGAGCCUCCUACUACGGCAACCAGGCUGUGCACUUCAUGGCCACCAAGGGCGACACCUGCUCAGUGCCCCUCUCCAAGGAGGGACCGGUUCACUGUGUUAAGUGGAGCCCCAAGGCAACCGAGUUUGUAGUCGUCUACGGUUUUAUGCCCUCCAAGGCGGCACUCUACAACCUCAAGUGCGAUGUGGUGUUCGACUUUGGCGAGGGUCCGCGAAACUGCGCCUACUUCAAUCCGUUUGGCAACCUCAUAGUGCUCGCCGGAUUUGGCAAUCUGCCAGGAGCCGUCGAGGUAUGGGAUGUGUCCAAGCGCGAGAGGAUAGCAAAUCUCAAGUGUGCCGAUACCACGGUUUUUGAGUGGCAUCCCAACGGGGAGUGGUUCGUUACGGCCACCACGGCACCCCGGCUCCGUAUUAGCAAUGGGUUUAAGGUGUAUCACUACUCGGGAGCCCUGCUUCACGAGACCAUGUGGCCUCAGGGCCAGGAAUUGCUGGGCAUCGAAUGGCAGCAGUUUGCGGACAAGACGUUCAGCGAACCCAAGAUCACCAAAGCCAAACACGAGGGCAUCAAGUCCAGUCAGCCAGAAGCCAGCAAGAAGGCCUACACACCGCCCCAUCUGCGGUUGCUGAAGGAGGGCAAGAAUCCGGAAAAGUAUUUGCCCCAGCCAAGUAUUCCAGGACUGGCCCCGGCAGCAGCAGCAGGUGGUGCCAAUGGGAACAAAAGGAAUAACAAGAACAAACAGCGGAGCGCCAGGAAGGAUGUCAACAUCGUGAACGGCGGCGAUGCAGAUUCUUUACCACCCGUGGUGGCCGAAUCAGAUGCCCAGGGUGCUCGUCAGUCGCCCAUUUCUGUGGCUGGAGAGGAGCGGAGGCAGCAGACCACUCCUAGACAAAAGUACCAGCAGGAUAACGCCGCCGAUCAUCAAAAUAAUCAUCAAGGACACGCCCAGGCCAACGGCCAAAACAUCAGCGAAAAGGAACGCAAAAUUCGCAGCGUCGCAAAAAAGCUGUCCGACAUCAAGAAGCUUAAGGCACGUCGCAGCCAGGGCGAGAACCUGGAGCUGAACCAAGUAAACAAGAUUAAGAUGGAAGCACAGUACCUGGACGAGCUCAAGGCUCUCAAGUUGUCUGCCUAGGAGGACGAUUGUAGCGAUUACAACGGCGGCGGCGAGAAGAAAUAAGGAUGCGAGGAGUAAUUGCUCUUGUAAUUGUGAUACACCACCUCUUCUCAGCUCCACUUCAUUUUCACCACCUGUCAGUCCCUUCCUGCUGUUUAACGCUCAUUUGCGGCCCCAUUUGCCGGAAUAAGUUUCUAGUUAAAAACAUUUUUCUACUAUUGUGAUUUCUUAACUAUUUUUGGCAAAGCAAACUGUAACUCCCAUACAAAAGAAAUUUAUGUACCAAAUUGUGCUACCGAGUAAAUAAAGAUGUUUCCACCAAGA